AUGAACAAAAUUAAAGCCCGAACACUAAGAAAUAUUAGUUUAACAGAUGAAGAUUAUGAUAAAUAUUUAAAUCAUUUUAAAACUCCACCUUUUAGCUCAUUAAUUGAAAAAAAUGUUUGUUUUUCUAACCAACAAGAAGAUGUUCAUAAAGCAAUAAAAGAAAUUAAAAAUGAUAAAAAGUAUGCUGACGAUUUUUUUGUAGCAGCUCAGAAAUUUAUUAAUGAAGGAAAAAUAUUAGUGAGCAGCUCAGUGGAUUCCCAAUCCAGAAGAGGAUCCAUCGUUGAAGAUAGUAACCAAAAUUUAAGUACCGAUCAAGAACUGGUGCUAUCAGAAGAUGCCCUUGUUAAUUAUCAAACUUCUUCUACAGUUAAUCAGUCUUCCUGUUACCAGCCUCCUGCAGUUUUCUUAGCUAAUCAACAAAAUAGUUUACAUUCACAGACAACAUUAAAUAAUGAAAGUUCAAAUCAAAUAAAUAAGGAUUUAGAUCGAACUCCAAAAACUCCAAAUCAACAAUAG